ACUGCCAAGUUGGGUGCUUGAUAUUUGUUUAAUUCGUGCCGCCGAUUGGGAAAGUUAUAUUUUUCGAAUGCAAGGCUUGGUCACGAGCGUUUAUGCAUACAAAGUUCAACUUGUCGUCGAUGCAAAAUUGUUAAAAUGCCCACGAUAAUUGCAUUGGACGCGUCCUUGUCGAUGACGCGUGUUAUCCCAAAUCAACAACUUGCCAGCGACCCUAUCACAUACCACCAGCUUGCGGUACAUGGAAUCAAUAAAUUCCUGGAUCACUUGAAUAGCAAUUCGAAGUUGGAAUUUGUAUCUUUGGUGGUUUACUCUAUGCAAUAUGAAGUUCUUGUAGAUUUCACCCGAGACUAUGACUUAAUCAGGCAAGCAUUGAAGAAAGUCGAACACUUCGACAAAACCCACCUGGAAAGCAUGCUGAAAGGAGUUAGCAACAUUCUCGCGUCAAAUUGGGGAACCCAGAAUUUUUGCCAGAUUCUCGCAUUCACUGACUGUGGUAUGGGAUUUGGAAAAACAGCUCUGCGACAAACCAUCGCCAACGUCACAUCAAAUCGACAUGAUCCGGAAUAUGUGUGGCUUUCAUUCCUUUCUUCCAGUCGACUGACUUUCAUUUGCCUGGGAAACCUAAAUGAUGAUUACUUCGCAUUAGCCAUAAAACAAUAUCAGCAGUUCCUCGACAUAAGCGACCAAAAGGGACAAUUAUUCAUCCCUGCAGUAAGAGAAGACUCGAAUAAAGCUGAUAAGAGCGGUGACUUGGAUUACAACACUGUUACCGAAAUGGUGGAAAGGAUGUGUGAGAACAACUUUAAGCCUUUCGAAGCGACUCUGAAAUGUGGAAGUUAUCAUAAGCUCGAAUGUUCCGUUUUAAUGUGGCCGCCUCCGGUGCCAUACAAAAGCAAAGACCUGCUAGGAAAGGAGACGAUCCAGAUGAUCUCCAAGAAGAUAGACAUAUGUGGCUUUCUUAAGCUAUCUGACAUCGGCUCGCCUGUUUCAGUCAGUCGCCACUUAAUCGUACCGAAAAUGGAAGGGGAGAAGUCCACAAAGAAAGGUGAAAAGGGGUCAAGUGCAGAGUCUCCUGCUUCAUCGAAUGAAUUCGAAAAGUUGGAGAAUGAAAUUCGUCAAUUUUAUGCAAAGGGCGACAGUGGCAAUUCUGAUGAUGAAGAUGGAAAGAGUUCAAGCAGUGCUGAAUCGAAUAAGGAAUCCUUCUGUGUUUUGCUACAUGGAGCGCUUAAGGUUGAAAGUAUGGCUGCAUUGGUACUGCUGAAUGACAAUUGGUUCGGAUUCAUUCACUCCUACGCUGACAGUAAGAAAAAGUCAAACCUUAUGCUAAAUAUACUUCAGCCGGGAAAUGAUGUAAUUCCAUGGCUCGGUGACUUAAGAUACCUUAGCACCAUUGAUGACGCCUUGCCUGGAGAAUACCCCAGCUUUCCUGUCAAAGCAGACAAACGAAGCUACACCCAGAACUGUGUCGUUUGGAUUAAGCAGGCUGGCCUUCAAUCGGACAUACAAAAAGUGCUACGACACGCAAAGAAGAUGCCUGAGAAGACCCCACAUUUCUACAAGGAGCUGAACAGAAUUCGUCGGGCUGCGUUGUCUUUGGGUUUUAUUGAACUCCUCGAAGGACUUGCAAAUAUAUUUGAUCGGGAGUCCACCGUUUUGCCGUCGAAUGCCAAUCCAGACUGUGCAAUUCAGCUUAAGCACGCAGCAAAUGAAUUGAGGAAAAUUACAAAUCGGGAUAUAAAAACGUUGAUAACCGCUCUCCCUACGAAGUAUAAUCAGUUGUAGUAAAUGGAAUUAAAGCAGAAAGAAUAAAGAUCCUUUUU